CUUCCACACUGAAAUCGUGGCAGACGUUUUUUUUAGUUUUGGGGUUGAGUUUGUUUGUCUAUCUCUUUAUUUCUUUUCAAAAGCAUCACAUAGAAUUCGCACUUACGGAGCCUGGCAGAGAGAACAAUAUUAUCUUGGUACCGUGGAUCGACAAAUGAUGGUGUGAUCCCACCAUUGUGCGCAGACAGCAGAAGGCCACUCACUCCAUGACAGUAGUCUCGCCUCGCCGUCUUUGCGCGUCAGCUUGCUUUAUUCUUUAAGGAAUUAUUAAAAAGUGCUGCUUGAAAAAGAAGAAAGAGGAGAAGAAGAUAUUUCGGUCCCGUCCGCCGCCCCCCACUCCCCCCUAACACACACACACACACACACACACACACACACACACACACACACACAUCACCACCACCACCACCACCACCGGGGCAUUAACACUGGAACUGGUCGCAGGGUUUACCGGAAUGGCUCGCUGGGGAUUUUAUGGGAUUUUGAUGGGGCUACUGAAGCUCGGCUCUUCUUGUCCUACAUCUUGUUCUUGUAACACCUCGAGGAUCGCGUGUGUGUCUCAGGAACCAGGAAUCGAGGAUUUUCCUAUCUUGGUGCCAGAGACCGACAUGGAAAACAUCACCGACAUAUAUAUCGCCAAUCAGAAUGGACUAUAUAUACUGAACGAGGACUACAUGAAGUUUUACACAAAUCUCAGGAAUUUAACAAUAAUCAACACUCAGCUGAUGUCUGUAUCUACAACAGCCUUUGUCUACAAUUCCAAACUUCAGUAUUUGGAUCUACGAGACAACAGACUGUCAACACUGUCAUGGACAGCAAUACGCAAUGCCAACAUGUCAACUCUGCUGCUGGCUGGGAAUCCGCUUCGGUGUACAUGUGAGAACAUUUGGAUCAAGUCGUGGUUGGACUUAAGUGAGCGAGAUCAACUCCGGUGUCGGCAGGAAGGCGGAAUUCUGAGGACCUUCUUCAAUAUCACUGUCCCUUCAUGUGAAUUUCCACAGAUAGAGGUUGUCCCUCCUGUUGUUAACCAGAUGGCAGGAAGUGAUGCAACAGUGACAUGUAGCGCUUCCGGGUCUCCUGCUCCUGUCCUAUACUGGAAUUUGAACACCACCGAACUUACAACCAUCCAUGAGGUGUACACAAUUGACCUGCAUUCCAUGUUGACACUGAGGAACUUCUCCCACAGCGACAAUGGCCGAGAGAUCACUUGCAGCGCUGAGAAUAUUGUGGGCCAGUCUGAGGCUUCGGUCAUCCUCAACAUCCUCUUUCCCCCGAUUAUCCUGGAACUGGAAAAGCCCAUGCGCAACCAGGAUUGGUGCAUCCCAUUCAGUGUGACGGGGAACCCCAAACCUGAGCUGACAUGGUACCACCAGGGCCAACCUUUGGAAGAGCAGGACUACAUCAAGACUCAGAUCCACGUGUCGACAGAGAGCGAGUAUCAUGGCUGUCUGCAGCUUGAUAUCCCCACACACAUCCACAAUGGUGUCUACACUCUUGUGGCCAAAAACGAGUAUGGCGAGGAUCAGAGGAACGUCACCGCUCACUUCAUGUACAUCCCUGAAGUGGAUCACUCGGGGGCAGAGUUCUACUACGACACAACUGACAUUCCAGAAAUCCCAGGAAUUCAAGAAGGCAAAGUGGCUGUUUAUGCUGUGGUGGCGAUCGCUGCGGUCGUUCUCACUGGGUGCUUUCUGAUGCUGAUCUUUCUGAAGUAUGGUCGAAACUCAAAGUUUGGCCUGAAGGGGUCCUCCUCAGUAAUCAGUAAUGACGACGACUCAGCCAGCCCACUCCACCAUGUCUCCAAUGGCAACAACACACCGUCGUCCUCUGAGAUGGGUCCAGACGCUGUCAUCAUCGGCAUGACCAAGAUCCCGGUCAUCGAGAACCCGCAGUACUUCCGCAAUCCUGGCAGUGUGCUGAAAUCAGACACUUUUGUGCAACACAUCAAACGGCACAACAUAGUCCUGAGAAGAGAACUAGGAGAGGGGGCUUUCGGGAAAGUCUUCUUAGCCGAGUGUUACAACUUGUCACCGGACCAGGAGAAGAUUUUGGUAGCUGUCAAGACCCUAAAAGAGGCGAGUGAAAGUGGAAGGGCAGACUUCCACCGAGAGGCAGAGCUUCUGACCAACCUACAGCAUGAGCACAUAGUCAAGUUUUACGGUGUGUGUGUGGAAAGCGAUCCUCUCAUCAUGGUGUUCGAGUACAUGAAGCACGGAGAUCUCAACAAGUUCCUCAGGGCUCAUGGUCCUGACGCUAUUUUAAUGGCGGACGGGCAGCAGAGCUUACUGGUGGAGCUAACUCAGUCACAGAUGCUGCACAUCGCUCAGCAGAUCGCCGCCGGCAUGGUGUAUCUGGCCUCACAGCAUUUCGUUCAUAGAGAUCUGGCCACACGCAACUGCCUGGUUGGAGAGAAUCUGCUCGUGAAGAUCGGAGACUUCGGCAUGUCCAGAGAUGUGUACAGCACAGAUUACUACCGGGUGGGCGGGCACACCAUGCUGCCCAUCCGCUGGAUGCCUCCCGAGAGCAUCAUGUACCGGAGGUUCACCACAGAGAGUGACGUGUGGAGUUUGGGCGUGGUGCUGUGGGAGAUCUUCACCUACGGCAAGCAGCCCUGGUACCAGCUCUCCAAUAACGAGGUGAUCGAGUGUAUCACACAGGGCCGGGUUCUGCAGCGGCCUCGCACCUGCCCCAAAGAGGUGUACGACCUGAUGCUGGGUUGCUGGCAGCGUGAACCGUACAUGAGACUCAGCAUUAAAGAGAUUCACAAUCUGCUCCAGAGCCUGGCCAAGGCCUCGCCUGUUUAUCUGGACAUCCUGGGCUGAACGUGUGUGUGUGUGUGUGUGUGUGUGUGUGUGUGUGUGUGUGUGUGUGUGUGUGUGUAAAAAACAAAAAAAAACAAAAAAAAACAGGCUUAAAUGUUCUUGCUUGUGCUUCUGCCUCUUUACCAUAUAGACUAAAGGCCUUAAUGUUGAUUGCAUACAUUUCUGCAAUUUUUUUCUGGAGAUCUGUAUCCUCUCUGCUUCAAAAUGUUUUUUUGUUUUUUUGUUUUUUUGUUUUUUAUUAGUUGUGUGUGUUUUCAAAGGCCAACAAAAAGGAAUCAGGCCGAUCAUUGUAAAUACUCCUGGACAUUUUAGGAGGCUUUUAAUUUUUUUCCCUCCUCAUCGCAGUGACUGGAGCUCAUGUACAAGCAAAAACUAAAAGCAAAAAAAAAAAAACUAAAAACAUUUCAACAGAAAAGGUUUACGCUUACGUGUCAGAGAUGACAGGCGUUUGUGAAACCUGGACAGUUUGGAAAAAGGGAAACCAUUUUUGUGGCUUUUAGCUUCAUGUUCCUUUGUUGCCACCGUGGUGCCAUUUUUUUUUUUUCCUUCUAUAAUUUACACUUCCAAACAAAAAGGAGAAAUCUCAAUUUAGCACAACUUUGUCGCUGUCCUGGGUGUGAGCACUGGGUGCAAUACAACUGCUCAAGCUGGAAGACCAUUUAAAAACAAUAUAUUCAUUUGUUUUCUUCUAAGCAAGAUGUUUUUUGGAUAAUGAAACAAUGGUGGAGUGAAUUUUUUUUUUUUUUUGUUUUAUAUUUUUAACCGAAGCACAGUGGAAAAUGUUGCUAAGUCUUUUCUCCGGUUCACCGUCACUGUAAAGCGCUUGUGCAGAUGUCAGGACGGCGAUUAGUUCGUCUGUAUCUUGUCAAACUUUUUUGUGGUUUUGGUGAGAGCACAGUGGCAAAAAGUCACCAGCAGCAGUGGAACUCCAUGAGGACGAUGAACGAACUUCCCCUGAACGAAGGGGCAUUUUUUAUUCCGGCUAAAUCAAGGUCGUCGUCGUCGUCGUCGUCGGUUACAGCGACAGACGCAACGAGGGAAUAUUCUCAGUGCCAAAAAGAGACCACGUUUAUAUUCCACGGUGUUGCGAUUUUGUCGAUUUGUCGGAGUCUAGGUGAGUUUUUAUGAACGACAGACACGUGGAACUAAUACAAGGAGACGGAUUUCAUUUGCACUUAUGAUUCUAAUCAUAAAUCAUGAAUAAUUAUUUAUGGGUUUUUAUAGACUCUGUUAUUUACGAUGAAAAAAUUAACUGCUUUAAAUGUGCCCUUUGCUAUGUUUUUGUUUGGGUUGUUUUUUUUUUUGUGUGUGUGUGAUUUGAAAGCAGGCAGUUUGAAAAGCCUUUGGUUUUGGUGGGCACUGUGAUGUGACAUGAGCUGGACUUCCCUGAGGUCGCCACCAGGAGACAAAGACCCUAUGAAGGGAGCCAAGUUUCAGUGUGUGUGUGUGUGUGUGUGUGUGUGUGUGUGGUUGAAUCCCACCUGCUUUGUGAAAAGAGGAGAAUAUUUCCAGGAAGACUUACUAAUUAUGCUACACUUAUAAAAUCACACUGAUUAAUCAGAUCCAAAUGAUUUCAUUGGUUUGUUCUGAAUAAACCCCGCCUCCUCCUCGGUUGUAUUUCAUGACCUUACACAAAGUAAGUCCUCCUCGACGCACAUUUUCUAAUCUUCUAGAAACGGGUGGGCGACUUCUACGCUAGCGAUCUGUGCAAUCAAAAUGUAAAUGCUCAUCAGCUACAUUUACUGUCCUUCGUACUCUGAUGUCCAACUCUUUCUGGGUGAUAAAACCUGUGGGGAAAAAAAUGCCCUGGAAACAUAAAUCUGGAUAUAUUUAAAAAAUAAUAAUAAUAAUAAUAAAAUUAGUAAAAUAAGGAAAGAAAAAAAAAGAUUUUUGACUAAGAAGUGAAUUUUAUUUAUUUAUUUUUUUUGUCCAUUUUUUGUUGUAUUACGGUCCUACAGUAUCCGUCUGCUCUAAAAAUAAAUAAAUAAAUAAAUAAAUAAAUAAAUAAUAAAAAAAAAAGCCAGCCUGUAUUUCCUAACCCAUGCUGUACAGAUGAAAUGUUUGUGUAUAUGAAUAGUAUGUUCUAUAUAAAUAUAUAUAUAUAAAAAUCGAAAUAUAUAUAUAUAUAUAUUCUGUUUAAAAAGUGCUAUCAUGUCAAACGUGUGACACUGAUUCUGAAAGGGGCCACAGGUUUGUAAAUACGAAUUAUUUUGUCUGACAAAACUACUGUACUGUACAAACUUCACAGCGUCAACGAGGAUCGCAUCGUUUUUUUUUGUUUUAUAUCAGAAAAGAUCGAUGUCCGUCUCUCCUCACGUUGCCCUCAUCAUCUUCCUUACGUUUGUCCUAAUCUACAGCGAAUAUGUUUUUCACCAAAUGAAGAACUGUGACUGGGUACUACUGUAUUACUGUAUUACAUUUUCGUUGAAUGUAUUUACACAGAACUGGGAUCUAUUUCUUUCUUUCUUUUUUUAUUUAUUAUUUAUUUCUUUUUUUGAAUGUAUCCCCUUGCUGGAUUCCAUUUUAUUUCCUUUUUGGUUUCAUUGUUACGAAACUGAAAAUUACGGAAACUUUGCUUUUUUUUAUUUGGAGAAAUCUUUUUAAGAGUGAUGGUGUGUGUGUGUGUGUGUCCUGGAGAAAAUCUGUGCAUAUUAUGUGCAUGUAUGAAAGUGUUAAAUUGCCUCUGUUUCUUUUGUUCCUGGCAGAUUCAAUCUCACUGCUUCGAUUCGAUCAGUAUUCUCUACGCUUUGUGCAUCCUGAGAGCAGCUUCUCUGCAGUCAGUGGAAAUGUUCCUUGUACUACUGUGCAUUUAAUAAAAGUGGUAUGUCUUA